AUGGGUGAUCAUCAGAACGUGUCCACACAGGAAGAAGAUCAGCUCUGUUACAUAGAUAGAUAUGAUAUAAACGAGCUAAUCGGAGGUAUAGAGCAAAAUGACGGAGCUGCUCAGUGGAACGAAAGUAACAGCGUAUGUGAGUAUGAAAUACCAUUCCUUUUCUGCAACAAGGAAAGCAAUCGGGAAGACUCGGAAAGGAACUCCUCAGUGAGUUACCUGGACGACGGAGCAUCAACUAUUAUUUCCAAGCAAGAUGAGGACAACGGAACAGAAGAAGAUUCAAUAGAACAAAUAAAAACAAGAAAAAGACAAACGAGCAAAACGAAAGGAAAGGGGAAUGGAAAAAAUGAACAAACAACAAAGGAAAAAAUUAACAUUAUAUUUAUACCCAGUGAUGGAAGCGGACUUAACAACUUUGAAGAACUUCUCUCCAUGAAAAAUAUGAGCAAUGAAAAAGUAGAAAAAAAAUUAAACGAGAGAGUUUAUCAAAUAUGCUGCAAAAGUGUUGCAGAUAUAAACACAUACAAUUUGAAUAAAGUAAGGAAAGGAAGUGAGAGGCAGAAAAGGGGGAGUCUGCAUGUAGAACACAUCGAUUAUGGAGACAUAUUUCUCUCCAUAAGGGAUUCUGUAAGGAGGAGGGAAAGGAGAAGCAACAAGAACCUUCUUCUCGAUGACUCACGUACGCAACUUGGGGGGAGGAAGGAGCAGUUGAGAAGGUACACUAAUGCGGAAGAACAUCAACAGAGAAUAUUGAUGAAGAGAAAAGUUAAGAACGCGUACAAUUAUCGGUGCAACGGUGAAAAUUUCUUCAAGGCGUACAGAAAAAAGGACAUUCUGUAUUACCACCCUAUAGAAGAUCGUAUUAUAGAAAAGGGAGCUAGCCAUUCUCGUAGGAGAAAAGUCGUAGCUCCAUAUAUCCAGCACUUAGGAACCAAUAAGAGGAGGAGCUACGUCCCUCCUGCAGACGAUAGGCAUGUGAUUCCGUAUGAUGAAGUUACUGUGGAGGACAAGAAGUUUGUAUCAAAUCUUUAUAUAAAUGGAAAGGGGGAAAAGGAAAAUGUUAUGUACUCUUCGAGUGAUUAUGAGAAAAAGAAGAGUUCACAUUUCUCAGGGGAGGCAAUCGCACAGAGGAACAAAAUAAUCAUUCAUUCGGGGCGGAGCCCACGUGGUGCAGACACGAUAUCCGAGGAGGGGGAAAUAAGUAGAAACCUCCCCCCUUUGGGAGAAAAAAUAUUUCCUUGUGAGGAGCAUGUUGGGGUGGAAGAACAGUAUUACCUCUCCGGAAGGCACAACUCUGAAGUGGAACAACAGGAAAUGGAACAACAGGAAGUGGAACAACAGGAAGUGGAAGAACGUGAAAUGGAACAGCAGGAAAUGGAACAGCAGGAAAUGGAACAGCAGGAAAUGGAACAGCAGGAAAUGGAACAGCAGGAAAUGGAACAACAGGAAAUGGAAAAACAGGCAGGAAGCGCCAUCACUACAGUUGCAGAGAUUGGCCAAAGGGACAAACCACCAGGGGAGGGAGGAACAAGUGAAUUUGAAUUAAAUGUUGUUUUUGAUUCCAGUGGGAUUCUCCCAGAGGGGAUAUGGAGGGAGGAAUCGGGUGGUGAUGGAAAAAACAAGGCUUAUGCGUGUUUGGGGGAUGGACAACCAGGUGAGGGGAGAGUAUCGGGAAAUGCAUCAGUGGAGAAUGACGAAGACAGAAAAAAAGAGGAAGAUUAUGAAAAUACAAGCCAUCCUAUUAAUGAACAUCAAACGGAAACAAGAGAAAACACUGCACCCAAUGGUAGAAACGCCAAUGAGUUGUGCCAUUGGGAGGAAGAAGUGGAGGGUGCAUGUGACGAAUCAGUAGUGAGUUUGGAGAGCCUGAGGAAAUCGGGAGGGGAUGGAGGAAACUCCUUUUUAUCAAUUAGGGAUGAUAAAGAAUAUUUCGAUCUUCUGGUGAGGAAGUAUGAAAAGACGAAAGUGUCUCUGGACGGUAGUGACCUUUUGUCUAUCAUUGUUAGCGAUGCUCCAGGGGAAGAAGUUCCUACGGGUGAUGCAGUACCUAUGGAGGAAGAAGUACUACCUACAGGAGAAGAAGUUCCUACGGGGGAAGAAGCUCCUACAGGGGAAGAAGUUCCUAUAGGAGAAGAAACACCCACAGGAGAAGAAGUGCCCACGGUUGAAGAAGUACUACCUACAGGAGAAGUAGAACCGGUGGAGGAAGAAGUACCUAUGGAAGAAGAAGCACCAACAGCAGAAGAAGUACCUAUGGAGGAAGUAGAACCGGUGGAGGAAAAAAUACCGACGGGGGAAGAAGCACCCGCUGAUGACGCGCCCCAAAUAGGGAGGUAUGAGGAGCUGCUCGAAAACGACAUGUGCGAUUUGUACAACCUAAAGAUGCACGAUUUAAAGACGCUAAAAAAAUGCGAUUUCGGUCUCUCCAAAAAUUUACUAAUAAAGGAUAUUUUUGUGUACCAUAGUAACCUCUUGGAAGAAGACAUGGAUCCAUUGGACGAAUUCGACAUGGAGGAUGCGGAGAGAAGAAAUGAUGAAACCAUUGAUGAAGAUGAUGGAGAAAUUAAAGGCUUCUUAGCGAAACUGAAGGCAGAUGUGACUAGCCAAAUAAGUUUGAGCAAGGAAGACAAUGAGCAGGCUUUCGAUUUGUUGGAUUCAGUGCAUGCGAAUAGUUGUUACUAUGAUUGUAAUGGGGGAGAGGAUUUCCCCGUGGGAUCGAAGCUGAAUCUGUCCGAUUUGGAUGACGACGUUGGUGGCACAGCGGGUUCAGCGGUAGACGGUGCAUUGAUGGACGGUGCAUUGAUGGAUGGUGCGGUGGAGUCUCCCCCCGGAGGAGGGUCUCUGUUCGGGACUCCAAGGAAAAUGGGGGAGGAGAGGAAGGACACCGAAUGUCAAACGGAAUUUCCCCUGGAUUUUUCAAGGAAUACUAACAGAACCCCAAGAAAAAAAAGCGUAGAGGUAAUUUUAGUGAAGAAAAGGCUAAAGAGGAUGAAAGAGAAGGACGAUGAGGAGGCACAAGAAGGACAAAAGAAAUGGGGAGUGAGUCAGACGGAUCCAAAAGAUAGAUGUAGGAGGUAUCCAAGAAGAAACAGAAUUAAGACGUUGCGCUAUUGGAUUGGCGAAAGGGAACUCACAAAGAGGAAUCCAUACACAGGGGAGAUUGAUGUUGUCGGAUUUAGCGAAUGUACUAAUUUGGAAGAUUUGUCUCCACACAUUAUUGGUCCAAUAAAAUAUAAGGCAUUGAAUCUGAGGGAUAUGUAUUCUUUGAGUGCAGAUGAUGAAGAAGGAGGGCGUCGUCGAGGGAGUGACUCUGUGGAUGAUGAUUCGGGUGAUGGGCUUGUUGGCUUCCACACAGAUGGUCAAGCGGAUGGACGAGUGAAGACACAUGCAAGUGAUCAUCGGGGCGUAGGAAAAGGAAGAAAGAGACGAAGGAGCAAGGAGAAGGAAACACAUGAGAGAGAUGACGAUGUUGAGAGGGACAGGGAGGAUGAGGAGGGGGAUCAGGAUCAGGAGAAGAAUGAGGAAGACUCCGAUCGAGUAGCCACACAAAUGUUCAGCAGAAGCGAUAACGUUUCAAAGAAAAGGAGGAAAAGGAAAUUCAUCAAUAUAGUUAAUUAUAUUAAGAAGAGAAAAAAGAAAAAGUUGAUUAAGAGUGUUGACAAGGUCGAGGGACAGGAGGCGCUGUCCACCAAGGAGGGCAAGGAACAAAAAGGAAAUGAUGUUCCGGAAGGUGACGCCACAUGCAUCGGGGACACUCCUAUGGGGUGUGAGAACCCGGAAGGGAAACAGAACGCAGAGGAGAAUAAGGAAAAUCUGUUUUACGAUGAGAACACCUGGCGCUUCGAGGAGGAGGUUGCCGAUGUGGAAGUGGACUCACCUAAGGCGUCGUUAAGGGAGUCGUUAGGAGGGGAUGAGGUACCAGGUGAAGAACCGUUAAUUGGAGAACAGCUAAUUGAGGAACCGUUAAUUGGAGAACAGCUAAUUGGAGAACAACUAAUUGAGGAACAACCAAUUGAGGAACAACCAAUUGAGGAACAACCAAUUGAGGAACAACCAAUUGAGGAACAACCAAUUGAGGAACGGCCAGACGAGUUGCCACAUAUCGAAGCGACGGACCAGCUGGUUGCCAAUGAAGGAAGUUUGGAGGAGGAGACCAAAGAAAAGGCAAUGGAAAGGGAAGGCGAAGAGGGCAAGGGAGUGAAGAGCGACGGGAUCGAUGAAAAUACGAAGGAUUCUGCAAAAAAUAUGUUGGAGAAAAAGAAAAAAGCUGAAAAAAAGAAGAAAGAUGAAAAAAGGAAAAUAAAGGAAAGAAGAAUCGAUCAGAUGUAUAAGAAGUUGUCUAUGUUCAAUUUGGAUUUUCUCCCCUCCGAUAGGAAGGUGAAAGCGUCGAAAGGAGUGAAGAAGGACAUAACUAAGGGGAGGAAGAAGAAGAAUCAGGAGCGGGAGGAAUCAACACAGAAGGAGCAGAUAUCGGGAGAGACGCAGGAUGACACCCAAGGGGGCGAAGACAAGGAUGAUGUGCAGAAGAGCGAAAACACAGCCUCAGCCUACUAUUCGGAACUAAAUGGACAGAAGGUGGAUGCCAUUUUGAGGACAGACGAUGUUGGUAGUACAAGCGGUGAGGAGGCCGACAGUAAGAUUGAAUUGAAGGAGGGCAUUACUAAUGGUACAGUUGAAGAAAUCGAACAACAGUUAGCUCUGAGUGGCGGUCUGUCUGUGGAGGCGAAUCCUGAUGACAGUGAGGGGAAGCCCCUUUUUGGUGAUCAGCACGAGUACAAUCAACAGAGCAAGGAUAACGCGGACAAUGUGAAGACAGAGGUGGAAGGAGAGGUGGACAGAGAGGUGAACUUGAGUGGGAUCGAGGAAAAGAUGGACGCAGUGAUUUCUGCUAACGUUGAUAAAGUGGAGGAAUAUACGUUUCGGUUGGUUCAGUCGUCUGAGAAUGAUACGAUGGAUAUACCUAUUGCAGGGGAGGAGGAAGGCCACGCCACCUACUGUGGAUCAGCCACUCAAGAUGAAUCGAAGGAACUCCUUAUAGAGCAGGGCGAAGGAGACUUAUGUAUAGCAACUCCACAAAAUGAAGGAGAUAAAUUAAAUCACAUGAAAGAGGUAAUAAAUGAUGAAGGGAGGAAAUUCGAGAGGAAUGAGAAAAUAAAGAAGGUAAAUUCCAUAGAAGAGGAAACUGAAAUGGCAGAUGAGGUGGAAGAUAUGCAGGAGAAUGACGCACUAAAUGAAGUGCCAUCUAGUAAUCGUACAGAUGGUCAUGUGGAUGUAGAGGAAAAGAAUAACGAAACAAUGUGUACCAAGCCCAGUAGGAAUUAUAAUACCGUUUUGAAGAGAGACGUUCGUGUAAAGAUUGUGCAUUUUGAUGUGGAUAGAAGAAAGCAUAGGAGGAAUAAAACUCGUGGUGUACCAAAUCCGAUGUCUAUGAGGAGGAGAGGUAUGGAGGCAGAAAAUGUGACCGACCGAAUGGGUGAAGUGGUCGAUAGAUUGUACGGACCAACCAAUAUAUUGCACGGACUGACCUAUAAAUUGAACGAAGUGAAUAUCCCCCAGAAGCUCCUACUUAAGAACUGCGUCUUCACAGGUAGUCCACAUUUCCAGGAGGUCUUCCCCCCGUGCGGAAGUUUGUCCCUCGUCCAGAAGAACCUGUUCAGCGACAAUAAGGUGAAGCUCAGCCUGUAUAGCAUCCGAAUGAUCCCCGGAGAAAAAUACAGAUCAAGCAGUCUCCACCACAACUUGGUGGGGUAUGUCGACGGAGGGGAGAAGAUAAAAAUUGUCCUGGGCAACCAGGAGAGGUGUUUCGAAAGGGGUGACUUUUUUUUCAUUCCUCGGUUUCGCAGUUUCAUGGUGGACAACUGCAGCAGAGAAGAAUGUGUUGUGUAUGUCUGCCCCGUAGGGGCGUCCAUCCCUGCGACUGAUUAG